AUGCAAUUCUCCACUAUCGUUUCCGUCGCCUUCGUUGCCUUGGCCAACUUUGUUUCCGCUGAAACCGCUGCCGCCAUCUCUCAAAUCACUGACGGUCAAAUCCAAGCCACCAGUGCCACUGAAACCACCACCACUGCUGCUCCAUCUUCCACCGUCGAAACCGUUUCUCCAUCCAGCACUGAAACCGUUUCUCAACAAACUGAAAACGGUGCUGCUAAGGCCGCCGUCGGUAUGGGUGCCGGUGCUCUAGCUGCUGCCGCUAUGUUGUUAUAA